UCGCAAAUCCAAUUUUGUCAGUCUCCUCUCUCUCUCUCUCAAACGAAAUCGACAACUGAAACAAGCGCCUCUCUCCCAAAAUGCUGCGACAUGGUUCACGAUCCCUCUUCAACAGAGCCUCCGCCACAUCCAUGAGGUGGCGCCGCCAGUUUUCCACGGAUCUCCCUGCGGAGACUGCCGAAGACACCAAGUUUGUGGAGUCCUGGAAGAAAAUGAACCCCAAUAUGGACCCACCUAAGACCCCGUCGGCGUACAUGAAGCCUCGGCCACCCCCCCCUGCCAACAUUCCGUCCAAGCUCACUGUCAAUUUGGUGCUUCCUUAUGAUUCUGUCUUAUCCUCCAAAGAGGUUGAUAUGGUCAUAGUCCCGGCAACUACGGGACAAAUGGGUGUUUUACCUGGUCAUGUAGCUACAAUUGCUGAGCUAAAACCUGGGAUUCUAUCUGUUCAUGAAGGCAACGAUGUGACUAAGUAUUUCCUGAGCAGUGGUUUUGCUUUUGUCCAUGCAAACUCUGUUGCAGAUAUAAUUGCUAUUGAGGCCACACCAGUAGAUCGCCUGGACCCAAAUUUAGUUCAGAAAGGCCUUGCAGACUUUCAACAAAAGCUAAACACUGCAUCAACAGACGCGGAGAAAGCUGAAGCACAAAUUGGCAUAGACGUACACAGUGCUCUCAAUGCUGCUCUUACAGGUUAAACGUACUGUGGAGUCGAUUGAUUUAUUUCUGCUAAGGGAAUUCUUUUUGUACCCUUUUUCAAGGCUUUAUGCUUGUUGAUCAAACUUCGAUCUCAGAAUUUGUUGUGAAAGGAUUUCUCAAAUGAAUAAUGCUCCCAUCUGGGUCUGAUGCAUUUCCCUUUAA